UGCCGACUGGCGGGGCGCGAGCCCGCAGCGAAUCCGCCGCGCCCUUGUUCUCGAGCGGGUUGCGGGGGCGAAGCGUUGGAGGAGGGGAGGCGGCCGUUGGGCGGUGGUUGGAGCCGUCCCGAUGGCGUUCCUGUUCAGCAGAGGGCGGAGGGGCCCCUUCAAACAUAUAGCUCAUGGCCUGGUCCCUGCUGCUACCAUAGCUCCUAAACCUGCAGUUCCCCGCACCCCUCCCCCUCGUAGUCCAAACCCUUCUCCAGAAAGGCCCAGGUCUGCUCUAGCAGCAGCGAUCCUUACAACAGCACUCACAGGGCGCACUGUUGCUAUUCCUCAGCCUCGGCAGCGAUCGCUUUCUGAGGGUGAUUUGACCCACUUGCAACAAGAGUGUUUGGAACCAUAUGCAGCAGUCACAGAGCUCAGAAUAGGAUCUAACUGGAAACUUGAUGGUUGUGACAGAUCACUACAGUCCCUGGAAAUAUCAGGCAAUUAUGCUGAAGAUGAGGACAUGGAUGCAUAUAUUUCAGAUGCUGAUAAAGAGACAGAGUCCAGCUGUCAGAGUAAUGAGAAAAGGGAAGGAAACUUUAGCACCAGUGCUAUUUAUUCUGUUCCCUGCAAAACUAAAAAAGAAGGGUGUCCACCGUCUCCUAUUCCUAACACUGACAAGAAGGAGGUUUCUUCCCAUGAAACUGAUUGUCAGGUGGUGGUGGAUAAGUCAAGUGUGCAAAUAGAGGAAGACCAAAAUCUGGGCUUGAAUUUAAAGGAGGAAAAAUUAAUAGCUGAAAAUCUGAUUCAUGACAAACCUCCACCUUCCCCAGAUGUGUCUGUUUGGGCAAGGCAAGUAUGGAAAAAUAUAAGCAAAGAAAAGUUCAGAGAACUAAAACAAGAAAACUGGUCUCUGAACAAGGCAUACCAAGCUAUGGUCCAACAAUUUGAGGGAACAAAACAGCACAUAGAAGAACAGCAAUUAAAGCUGAAGAAACUAGAAGAAGAAAACAGAAGACUUAAAGAAGCUGUAGAAAACUCACAUAGAGAAGAGGAGGCAGCAGAAUUACUUUCUCUCAGACAACAAGCACAAGAACUGGUAGAUGAAAAUGAUGCUUUGAAAACAAUGGUCCAUCGUUUAAAUGUAGAAUUAAGUCGCUAUCAAACUAAAUUCAGGUCAUUGUCCCAAAAAGAGAAUCUAAAGCUGAGAAGCUUACCCAUGGAAGGACCACGACCACCAUGGCUGCUGAAUAUGAAGUACUUGUCACCUCUUCUGUUGGCAUAUGAAGAUAGAAUAAGAGAAAAGGAAGAUUUUAUUCUUGAACAUGAGGAGGAUAUUAAAAAUUUUAAAGCUCGAGUUGAAGAGUUGGUGAAGGAGAAUGAAGAUCUGCAUGAGCAAUUAAAUAACUUCAAUACCCCUAGAGAAUGGCAACUGCUGCAAACUCAGACCAAGCUGCUCCUAGAAGAAAAUGAAUUGUUGAGGGAGCAACUCGAAAUUCAGGAAGCUAAAGCAAAAGAUAGUCACAGACAGCUUGUUCAAGAAGCUUCAGAGUUGACCAAAAAAAUAGUAGUCCUAGAAGAUAAGAAACAGAGUCAAAAGAAAAAAAUAAUAGAGUACCAGAAACGGCUAGAAGCUUUGUCUUCUACAUGUGAAGAGCUGAAAGCCAAAAUGGGUAGCAGAAUACCAGCAGAGGAGCACUUGGCUUUGGUGAAUGAUUUUAAAAGCUGUUUACAAGAGGAGUGGGAGAAAAAGCGCUGUGAGGUGGAAGCUAUAAUGGGAAAGAUAGCAUCACUGAAAACUGAAAACAAGAAACUGCUCUUAGAGAGAAAUAACUUCAUGGCUGACAAGAAGACCCUGGAAACUGAGAUGCAAAUGACUCAAAAGACAAACAGACGAUUAAAGAAGAAAAUAGGUCUUUUGCAACUGCAGCUGGAGGGAAAAAUGGAAAAAGAAGUCACAGCCCAUCACUAUCUAACAAACCUUAUUGGGCUUCUGGAGGAGAUAGCUAAGGAACGUGAUCAUCUUGUAUUUUUGGUCAGAUGUUUGGAAAAUGAGAAUCAUGGUGUUCUCAACAAAAUUCUAAGAAAAUUCAGUCUACACUUAGCAAGAUUGGAAGAAAGAGUUAAGGUAUAUAUAAAGAAAGCAUCUGGGAAGCUUGGAGAUAUCAGUCUCAAGAUGAUUGAGCAGGAGAAAGAAUUUGAAAGGAAAACUGCUCAGUAUGAGCAAGAAAAGAAGUACCUGCAGCGUCUGCUGCAAGACAAACAGGAAACCCUCAGUGAAAUGCUGGAGCAAAAGAGGAAAACUGAAGAGGAUCUUGAAAUCAUGUGGGAAUCCACAGCCAAAGAAAACAGGAGAAUGAGAGAAGUCUUACAUAAAUCCCUGAGGAAGAACAACAUGCAGAGUGCUGUCACAGUUGGUGAACCACACUCUCAGAAGGACCUUGUUUAUGGACGUGAUUUUAGCUAUUGUGAUGUGAAAACUUCAUCCCCUACUGAAAAUGAAAUUCAGCAAGAACAUCAGUGAUAAGAAUCUGCAUCUCAUCCAAGAAAGAGUACUUGGUGCCUGAAUUUGACUUUCUUAGCAACACAAGGUGUAAUGGAAUGUUUACUGUCUUCAAUAUUACCGUAUUUUUAAGGUCAUCAAAAUGACAACAGCAUAUUCUUUACUUGUACUGUGAAUAAUGUAAAUCUAGCCUAAAAUAUUACUUUGCUAUUUGAAGAAAAGGCUAUUCCUUCUUAAGACAAAAUGACAAAAAGCUUUAAUUUAACGUGUAAAGACAAGUAGCUAGUUAAUAGGAUAAGCAAGAUAGUAAGCUUGGUGUUUAGCACAGACACACACCAUUGCCACAAAACAAGUGAACAGCAAGACAGUUCUUGUUACAAUUAAAAGGACAAGUUUCAGUAAAUUCUUCCUAAAACAGAGAUGGUGUAUGAUCCAAGCUGAAAAAAAAGUGUGGCUUGUACUUUUUCUCAUGAGGAAGCAUCUUAACUUCCUAAGGUGAAGGAUGUCUCUACACUAACUAGGUCGUGUGCCAAAAAUCUUGUCAUCUCAAGGACAGAGAAGAUUUUGACUGUGGAGCAGACAAGGCUGAAACAUCCUCAUGACAGCUACUGGUACCUGAAUUCACAACUGUCCAUGGUGCAGAUUUACAGGAUCCCUGUAGGUGUUGGAAAGCUCCUACCAUUUAUUGGUAGGAGCCAAGGGGACAAGCUGCCAGCACAGGAUGCAGAUCUCCUCCAGAUUGUUUUGUUCAUCCUGCUCCAGAUUCAGUGGCUUCAAAAGCCACCUGAAGUAUUCUCUAAAGCAAUGCUUAUUGUAUAUGCAUUUAGAUUAUUGACUUGUCUUUCUCAUAGCUUUCAGAUUUGUUGAUUUUUCACAGUAUUGCACAUCAACUUUGUAGCAGUAUGUGACCUUUGGAUUUACACGUAACUUGCAUCAUCAGCUUUUCGGUCUUGCUUCAUUUUCAUAACAAAAUGUAAAUGGUACCAGAAAACUGUAACAAUACAAAAAACAUGCAACUAUCAUAGUUGCCUAGUAUUAGAAAUAAUGAAG